AUGGCGAUCCAGAGUGACACGCCCAAAUCCGGAUCCGGAGCCAACGGCGAAGCCCUGCCGCCGCAGCACAGCAAGGUGGCGUUGAUCACUGGAAUUACCAGCCAGGUAACUACCAGCCAGGACGGGUGGUACCUCACCAAGUUGUUGCUCGACAAGGGGUACGAGGUUCACGACCUGAUCUGUCACUCUCCCAACUUCGAGACCCGACAAGUCGACAACAUCUACAUCGAUCGGCAGGAGCACGAGAAUCGGAUCAAGCUUCACUUCGCCGAUCCCACCGACGCUUCCUCUCUCCGCCUCUGUAUCGACACGAUCUCUCCUGACGAGGUCUACAAUCUCGCCGGCCAGUCCGACAUGGCGGCCUCGUUCGAGAUCCCUGAUUACACUGCCGAUAUGGUUGCCACGGUCACCCUCCGGCUCCUCGAGGCCGUGCGCUGUCACGUCUCUGCUACCGGCCGCAGCCACAUCCGUUACUGCCAGGCUGGGUCUUCAGAGAUAUUUGGGCCUCAGGAAUAUGAAUAUUGGCCCUGGAAUCCGCAGACGCCGCUGUCUGAGACAUCCCCGUUUCACCCGCAGUCCCCCUACGCCGUGUCUAAGUGGGCCGCGCACAGGUACGCCGUGCACUAUCGCGAGGCCCACGGGCUGUUCGUGUGCAACGGGAUCCUGUUCAACCACGAGUCCCCGAGGCGGGGCGAGAACUUCUUGAGCCGGAAGAUCACGAGGGCUGUGGGGCGGAUCAAGAUGGGGCUGCAGAGCAAGCUGUUCCUGGGGGAUCUGCAUGGCUCUCAGGAAUGGGGGUUCGCCGGGGACUACGUGGAGGCGAUGUGGAUUAUGCUGCAGCAAGAAAAACCGGACGACUACGUGGUGGCGAUGGAGAAGUCGCACAGGGUGGUGGAUUUCUUGGCCUUGGCGUUUGACCAUGCGGGGCUGUAUUUCUGGGAUCAUGUGGUGAUCGACGAGAGGUAUCUCAGGCUGGGAGAGGUGGACAACUUGAAGGGAGAUGCGAGUAAGGCCAAGAAGGUGUUGGGCUGGGAGGCCGAGGUCGGGUUUGACGAGUUGGUGAAGAUGAUGGUGGACGAGGACCUUGAAUUGGCUAAAAGGGACAAGUUUCUUGUUCAUGCUCAGCACAAGCGCCGAGUAUUCCUUACUUGUUAUCUCUUGCUGCUCUGUUUCUUAACCUGUGCUCUUGUUUGGUUUUUUCUUAGAAUAUCAGCUGGACGCAAGUAA